GCGGGAUCGGGGGCGCGCCCCGCUUUAAGAGCGGCGGGAGCGCGCCCGGGACAGAUCCGCGCCCGCUCCGACCCCGCAGCGCUCCGGCCUGACACCAUCCCUGGGGAGCUGGUGCCUCAGCCGGGCACCAUGACAGCACUGUCCCCCAACCUGUCGUGCCACCACCACUCCAUCGACGACUUCCGCAACAGCGUCUACUCCACGCUCUACUCCAUGAUCAGCAUCAUGGGCUUUGUGGGGAACGGCGUGGUGCUCUACGUGCUGAUCCGCACGUACCGGCAGAAAACGGCCUUCCAGAUCUACAUGCUCAACCUGGCCCUGUCCGACUUCCUGUGCGUGCUCACCCUGCCCCUGCGUGUCACCUACUACGUGCACAAGGGCAACUGGUUCUUCAGCGACUUCCUGUGCCGCCUCUCGUCCUACGCGCUCUACGUCAACCUCUACUGCAGCAUCUUCUUCAUGACGGCCAUGAGCUUCUUCCGCUGCAUCGCCAUCGUCUUCCCGGUCCGCAACAUCAAGCUGGUGUCGGAGAAGAAGGCGAAGUUUCUGUGCAUUGGCAUCUGGGUGUUCGUCACGCUGACGAGCGCGCCCUUCCUGCGGAACGGGACGUACCAGCUCGGCAACAAGACCAAGUGCUUCGAACCGCCGGAGAACUCCCAGAAGACAAACAUGGUGGUGAUCCUGGAUUUGAUCGCCCUCUUCGUGGGCUUCAUCAUCCCCUUCAUCAUCAUCACCAUCUGCUACACCAUGAUCAUCCGCACGCUGCUGCGGAACUCGCUGCGGAAGAACGAGGCCAACCGCCGCAAGGCCGUGUGGAUGAUUGUCAUCGUCACCGCCACCUUCCUGGUGAGCUUCACGCCGUACCACGUCCUGCGCACGGUGCACCUGCACUCGCUGCGCCUGCGGGGCCCCGGCUGCGGGGACACCGUGUUCCUGCAGAAAGCUGUCAUCGUCACCCUGCCCCUGGCAGCUGCCAACUGCUGCUUUGACCCCCUCCUCUACUUCUUCUCCGGGGGAAACUUCCGGCAGAGACUCACCACGCUGAGGAAGGCGUCCUCCUCCAGCUUGUCGCAAGCCUUCAGGAAAAAGAUCUCCAUGAAGGACAAGGAGGAGGAACCCUUUGGAGAAAGCCAGAGGGAGAACGGAAAGGCAGCUGUGGCUCCUUCGUAAGGAGGUUAAACUUUCCCCUCAGAGCUCUGGUGGGGGGAUGGAGAUCUCUGAACUCUUCCAGAAGAUGGGAUGGAGGCUCUCGAGCCUUCGUUGCAGUUAAAUAGCUGUGGACAGUCGCUGGUUUGUGGUGGCAGAGCUGCUGCUGGGGCUGGGCAGUCCCUGGGACCCCCAGAGCCACGUGGGACAGAGCAGCCACCACCAGCAAGCUGUGGAGCUGCUGCUGAACUCCCCGACCCCUUCCAAGGCUGCAUUUGGGCAUUUGCUUCAUUUCACAACUUUCCAAGAGCGUUAAUUCCCCGAGCCAGCGGGAAAUGUACACAAAGCUUGCGGCGCGUGGGGAGCUCCUGAUGAACAGAGAGGGCAGAGUUUUCACUGGAACUUCAAACAGCCGCCAAGUUAUUGACACAGCGAGGCCAGGAUAAUUCCUGCCCUGCUCCCAGCUGCCUCUGGAUUUUGGUUUUUAUGAUCAUUAUGUGUGUUUUAGGCUCCCAGGGCUGUGCCUGGGUUGCAAAUCGGGAUGGGCCCCUCUCUCACCCCCACCAAGCAGCCCAAGAGGCUUUGGUGGGCAGCAGAUUUGCCAGUGUUUCCCCAGUUUCUAGAAAAAUCCGUGGGAUCAGUUGUAGAAUUGCAGUAUUCUACUGUGCAGGAUAACUUAGGAAUAAGUAUAAGAGGAAGCCUUAUUUCAGUGGGACUGGUCCUGAAGUGAUGGCUGCAGGAUUCAGAAUAUCACUCCAGUUUUUGGGGAAGUUUUAGGUAAAAGUAGAGCUCUGCAUGCUUGGAGUCAGAUUAGCCUUUCUCAACUAUUGGCCAAGGGUAUUAAAUUAAUGACAAAUAUUUGAAAAAGCUCUCCAGGAUGUUUGAUUCUGUUCCAGAGUAUUCACCUCACCCACACCUGGCAGCAAAGAGGCAACAUGAGACCCUUGGAAAGACUUUUAGGAAGAGCUGGAGAUUCAAAAUCUGAGUCUGGAUGAGAUGUAAUGCUGAAAAAACAUUGGGCCGUUUUUCUUCCUUAAAGAAAAACUUUAAACUCAUGGAUGGAGGGAAACAUUCCUGUACUUUUCCAGGGGAUCUGCAGGAAGGUAGCUCCAGCUCUGCUGGAGCAGAGCCCAGCCGGAAAUGUGUGACACAUCCCGGCAGAAAUAGAAAUUCUUGUAGGAUUAAACCUCGCUGUUCAUUUAUCAACUCCUUCUCCAACUGAAAGUGUGUUUGGAUAUAGUAUUUAUGAAAUUACUCGAUGUUAUCUUCAAUAAAGAAAACAGUUUUAGUAGUGAAGAAUAACAGUGAGCAAAAGAAGUUUGGCUUGGACAGGGAUCUGCUGGAGAAAUUAUCUGUACAGAUAAUUGGAGUAUGAAUUCUCUCUUGGCACCACAGGCCUAGGUCAGCAAAAGGCACUUAAAAACCCAAAUUCACCUGCAGGAUAAAAGAUGGAUGUGAAUUUCCAAGGAGAUCUGAAAUUCCUUUGUUAAAUUUGUAGGAUAAAGCAGUAGAGGGCUGAAAGUUGCUGCUCUAGAGUAGAGACCCCAUAAACCCCCAGGGCAGAGCCAAGAGUUCAAGCCAGAACUGCAAAUUGUUCAGGGAAAAAAUGUGAAUGAAUUGGCUAAACCUCAUUUUCAAGGGUCAGCACUGAGUAUUCCACUUGUGUCUCCAGGCUUUAAAGGUAUUGUAAAACUGUAAAAAAUCCUCAUGGAUUUUUAUUUGGAAUAUGCAGAAAUAACAUGCCCAUUCCCAAUUUAAAUGAUUGUACAGUAAAGCUAAGUGUUUAUAUAUAUAUGUAUAUAUUGCAAAGCAUUUUUAUUGUACCAGAUGUAUUUUUUAACCUUUUGCCUUUUUUAUUUGAAUGAGACAAUAUUAAUGGCAAAGGAAAUGGCAGCUUUUUUCUUUUUAUUUUAUUUUAUUUUUUAAUGCAUCAGGAAUGCCUGUUACAAAAAACUACUGAAAACCAAACGAAAACAUUGCAAGUGAAAUUUUAAUUACUGUUUUCUGUGGCUCAUUUGAAAGUCUCUGUUACAGAUUAUUCUUCCCUACAAUAAAACUUUAUUUGC